CUCCUGGAGGACGGGAACAACACUGCAGUGACAGAGUUCACUUUAUUGGGAUUGACAAUGACCCAGUCCUUAGAGCCGUCCUCUUCACCAUCAUCCUGUGCAUCUACCUGGUGACCGUGUCUGGGAACCUCAGCACCAUCCUUCUCAUCAGAGUCUCCUCCCAGCUCCAUCACCCCAUGUAUUUUUUUCUCAGCCAAUUGGCUUCUACUGACAUAGGCUACUCAUCUUCUGUCACACCCAAUAUGCUUGUCAACUUCCUGGCAAAUCAAAGUACCAUCUCAUAUCUUGGAUGUUUUAUACAGUUUAGCUCAGCUGCUUUUUUGGGGGCAAUUGAAUGUUUCCUUCUGGCUGCCAUGGCUUAUGAUCGCUUUGUAGCAAUUUGCAAUCCACUGCUUUAUUCAACCAAAAUGUCCAGACAAGUCUGCAUUCAGUUGGUUGUAGGAUCUUACAUAGGCGGUUUCCUUAAUUCUUCCUCCUUUGCCCCUUCCUUUCUUUCUUUUGUUUUCUGUGGACCAAGCAAAAUCAAUCACCUUUUCUGUGAUUUUGCUGCAUUAGUUGAACUCUCCUGUUCUUAUGACAGUAUCCUCAUAGUUCUUGAUACAUUUUCUGCUGGAUCCGUGGUUUCGAUAACAGUGGUUGUCAUAGCUGUCUCUUAUACCUACAUCCUCAUUACCAUCCUGAAGAUGCGUUCCACUGAGGGCCGUCAGAAGGCCUUCUCCACCUGCACCUCCCACCUCACUGCAGUCACUCUGUUCUAUGGGACCAUCACCUUCAUCUAUGUGAUGCCCAAGUCCAGCUACUCCACAGACCAGAACAAGGUGUUGUCUGUAUUCUACAUGGUGGUGAUCCCCAUGUUGAACCCCCUCAUUUACAGCCUCAGGAAUAAUGAGAUUAAGGGUGCUCUGAAGAGACAGCUUCUUUUUUUUUUAUCAAUAUAUAUCCUU